GUGCUGUUUCCGCUGAGCCUCCGCCUUCCCGUGCGGCGCGGGAGGUGUGUGCAGCCCCACAGCGGUGGCCUGUCCGUGCGGCUCGGCUCGGCCGCCUCCCUGAGCUGGGGCAGCUGGAGAGCUGACGCUGUCAAUGCGGCACGUCGAUGGAGAACAGGAAAAGCUUAUUGAAGAUUGAAAACUGAGACAGUUCAAGAUUGUCCUUCUCCUUCCAGCUUUGAAGUUUCAUUACCCUUGUCAAGAUCUGGAAGUGCACCUCAGGAUGUGGUAGUGCCCACUAAUCAAUAGUGGGCUGAAGAGAUGUUUUUGACAGAAGGCUUGAAAUCUCUUCUUCCCCAUGCACUAAGACAAAUAAUUCGCUGCAACAGACUCAAUAUUAGGAAUACUUCUGGAAUAGCAGCGGGCUACAAACAGGCCAAUGUCCUGAUUUUGCACAAGUCCCUGGCUGAUGACUUUGAGAAGUUUUGCCAUGCAAAUGAGGGACCCCUACCACUACUGUACAGAAGUAAACCAGGUGACUGGGAAUGUCCUUCCCUGAGUAGUGAUUCUGAUAUCAGAACUGACUGCCUACAGUACAGAAUAUAUGAGCAUGGAGUCUGUACUGGAUCACUGAAAAGCCUGAGGGAGUAUUCUGAACAACUUAAGAACAUGGUGACCUUUUAUUUAGGCUGCAGCUUCUCUUUCGAAGAAGCAGUUAAAAAUGCUGGCAUUCCUGUAAGAAAUGUUGAGCAAAAAUGUAAUGUAAGCAUGUAUAAGACAGCUGUGCCUUGCUACAGUGUUUCUACUUUUUGCUGCAAUUUAGUAGUCACAAUGAGGCCUAUUCCUGAGAGCCAGUUGGAAGCAGCUGUGCUAGCAACAUCUGAAUUUAAAGAAGCCCAUGGAGCACCAAUUCAUAUUGGUGACCCUGGUCUCUUGGGAAUACAGGAUCUUUCCAAACCAGACUAUGGAGAUCCAGUUCACCUUCACCCUGGUGAUAUUCCAGUGUUUUGGGCCUGUGGAGUAACAGGAGUAGAAGCAAUCAUUAACUGCAGAGCUCCACUAGCUUUUACUCAUUCUCCUGGCUGCAUGUUCAUUACUGACCUAAAGAAUGACAAUGUCACAUUCAGAUCAUCAAGAGAAGUCCCACAAGUUCACUGCAUUUCUCAAGAUCCUCUGCAUUAUAGUAUCGUGUCAGCAGAAGCAGCCCAAAAGAUAAAAACUCUAGAGACCCUAAUUGGAAUAGAUCCAGGAGACAGGGGUAUAAUUCAUCUGCACCGCCAGGAUGAGCUGCUGAAGGCUUGCCUGUCCAUCUCCCAUGCUCAGUCUGUGCUGAUAACAACUGGAUUUCCUACCAACUUCACUUAUGAGCCACCGGAAGAGAACGACGGCCCCCCGGGAGCCCUUGCUAUUGCAGCUAUAUUGCAGGCCUUGCAGAAAGAGGUUGCCAUAGUAACAGAUCAGAGAGCCAUGAAUCUGAAUAAAAAGAUUAUUGAAGAGGCUGUUCAACUAGGAAUCCUGAAGAGACCUGUCCCUCUAUUGAGUUAUCAAAGUAAAAGUGCCAAUUCAGCUUUAACGUUUUUGUGUGAAAAUGGGAAUCCUAGAAGACCUAGAUUUGAUCACCUGAUAGCAAUAGAGCGUGCUGGGAUGGCUGCUGAUGGCAACUAUUACAAUGCCAGGAAAGUUAACAUUAAACAUCUUGUGGAUCCCAUAGAUGAACUAUUUCUGGCUGCCCAAACCCUUCCAGGAGUCACAACAACAGGUGUUGGGGAUGGAGGAAAUGAAUUAGGUAUGGGCAAAAUUAAAGAUGCUGUAAAGAAGCACAUAAAAAAUGGAGAUGUUAUAGCUUGUGAUGUUGAAGCUGAUUUUGCUGUUGUAGCUGGGGUCUCUAACUGGGGAGGUUAUGCCAUUGCUUGUGCUCUGUAUAUCCUCAGCACUUGUGAGGUACAUGACCGCUAUUUGAGGAAAGCUGUCGGGUUUCCACGGCUAUCAAACAAAACGGUCUGGCUAUCGGCACUUCCAUCAGUUACCAAGGAGGAAAAACUUCUGAAAACACUCGUGCAGCAUGGAGUCCGCAGUGGAAAAACUGCCAGUCUAGAAAUGGAAGUGGAUGGGCUGCCCUUCUACAACACCCAUUCACUUAUGAUUGAAAAGCUCCGAGAAACAGCACAGUAGUGACUGCCCCUUAUGAUUCCUGUGUCAAGAGUCAUGUUCUUGCCUUCUCCCCUUGGCUUUCACAGGGUGUACAAGAUCAUGAAAAGAUGACUUCUCAUCUCUGGUGUCUUGGCUGCACACAACUUUUCACUGUUACCCUUACAACAUCUCUGUGAAUCAUCAUGAUGAUUUGUUCUACCUUUCUUUUCUGUGAUUUUAUAAUGGAGAAUGGAUAUUAAAUCUUAGUAUGAACUAAGA